AAUAGAUUUUCCUUCGAUUUUUGUAGCUUAGUUGAAUAUAGGCCUCCAUGUGUGGUACAAACAAUACAGGGGGUGACGUGGGGAACAACCAAAGAAGCCAGAGGCACAGACUAACUUUGCUACCUCGCAAUCUGCUGGUUUUAAAAUCCCAUUUCCCUAAAAUUAAUCACUACCCAAUUCAAUUCACUGAGCUCUCUUUAAUCACUCACAAUCUUCUCCAGACCUCUCUCUCUCUCUCUCUCCCCCCCCCCCCCCCCCCGCCCCCUGUGUGGAUGCGCAGAUAGUCUCAGAUAGAUAUAGUGAUGGGUGGUAGUUGUUUUAAUGCUUUGCAUGGGUUGAAGCCAUUGAUGUUAAUGCUGGUGGUUCAGUUUACAUCUACUGGAGUCAACUUGUUCUACAAACUGGCCGCUAAUGAUGGAAUGGACAUCAGGAUUAUUAUUGCCUAUCGCUUCAGUUUUGCCACCGUUUUCCUUGCUCCUAUUGCUCUCUUCGUUGAAAGAAAGAGCAGGCCAAAGCUCACUCGGGUGGUACUCCUCCAAGCAUUUUUGUCUGGCUUGCUUGGGGGAGCAUUGUCACAAAAUUUGUACAUUGCAAGUUUAGCGUUAACGUCUGCAACAUUUGCUCUCGCCAUAAGUCAACUCAUCCCGGCCAUAACUUUUGUUUUGGCCAUCUCCUUUGGGUUGGAGAGAUUGAAUUUAAGGAGCGUAGGAGGGAAGGCAAAGGUGUUGGGAACAUUAAUGGGAAUAGGUGGAGCAAUGCUUUUGACCUUUUACAAAGGUCUGGAAAUCCACUUAUGGACCACCCAUGUUGACCUUUUGCAUAGUCAUCAGCAACAACCACACUUGGAGGCAGCAGCUUCGCAUGAGUAUGCUCAUCGUCUGUUAGGUUGUCUUCUGGCUCUGGCCAGCUCGUUGGGUUACGCCUUGUGGCUAAUUAUUCAGGCUAAGAUGGGUGAGAAAUACCCUAGUUUUUAUUCAAGCGCAGCUCUAAUUUCACUUAUGGGGUCAAUCCAGUCCCUUGUUUUUGCCCUCUGCGUCAACAGGGACUGGAACCAUUGGAAGUUGGGUUGGAAUAUUAGACUUCUAACAGUCUUAUACCUGGGGACUGUGGGUACUGGAGUAAGUCUGACAUGUACUACACUUUGCAUAAGCAUGAGAGGGCCUUUGUACGCGUCAGUUUUUGGGCCUCUGGUUCUUGUUCUUGUUGCCCUCGUUGGCUCUUUGGUGUUGGACGAGAAGCUGCACCUCGGAAGUGUGCUAGGAGCGGUUCUAAUCGUUGGCGGCUUAUACGCUGUUCUGUGGGGAAAGAGCAAAGACAUAAAGAAGGUGAAUCAAUCGGUGCCAACAACAAGCUAUGAGGAGGAAUCUGCAGGAUCUGUAGUUGAAAUUGUUUCAAUGCCUCGGGAUAAUAAUAAAGGCAAUAACUACAUGAAUGAGACCGUCACAAAUAGUCAACAUGAUCGUAUAGAAACCUAGGUAGAUACCCAUGGAGAAUAAAAAAAUGGAUCGAAGGAACCACUAUUAGGAGAUCUCAAGACCUACGUACGAUGGAAUGAGAGAUCGAAGUUUUUAAAACAAA